AUGGGAGAAUUAAACGGCCUGAAAAUAUUGAGCAUGUUUGUCGUGGGUCUCAAGAGAGGUAACCAACUUGAGGAACUGGAAUGCUUGAACCUCAGUGGAAGGCUUCGCAUUAGGCAUCUGGAGAGAGUAAAAGACCAUAUGGAUGCAAAGAAAGCGAAGAUUGCAGAGAAAAAUAAUCUUCAUGAGUUGAGGUUGUCAUGGCAAAGAAAUGAUUUAACCAAGCUAGAGGAGGAAGUUGACGAAAGGGUGUUGGAAGCACUUGAACCUCACCCAAUAUUGUGUUUUCCUAAACUUGGAGAGUUACCUCAUCUUGAGAAGUUGUAUUUAAAGAAUAUGGGGAUGGAGUAUAUUAUUGAAGAAGAAGAAGUUGGGAGUGGUCACCCAGGACUAUCAAAUAAGCAGGAGAGUAGUAAAGAAGCAUUCCCAAAUCUCAAAGCUCUAUUGAUUGAGCAUUGCUCUUUAUUAAUACUGCCACCACUCCCAUCCCUCCAAAAGUUGGAGACACUAGUAUGCAGUAGCUCAACUUUGGGUUUAUUAUCUGAGCACAUCAUUCUUAGAGACCUGUGGAUUGAAGUUGAGGAGAGCCUAGCAUGUUUCCCAAUAGAAAUGCUGGCAAAUUUCAAUAAGCUCCAAACAUUGGUAAUCGAUAAUGCGAAAGAGAUCUCUGUGACAAGAGAAGGUCUGCAAAUCUUAAAAGAGCUUAAACGUUUAUGUCUAAACAAUUGUGAGAUAAUGAGAUGUUUGCCAGAAGGGAUGCUGCGGCAACUUACUUCUUUGGAGACCCUUGCCAUAUGGAAGUGCCCAGAAGUACUAGAGUUGCCGCAGGAAAUUAAACAUCUCCAUAAUCUUGAGUUCCUCAUGUUACGGGAUCUUCCAAAGAUGAGGCGCUUGUCUCAAGUCAUUGAGCACCUCACUAAUAUAUACCUAGAUGAUCUUCCUGAGCUGGAAUCACUCCCAGAUCAGCUACCAUCUCUUAUUAGACUCAUUUUGGAAGACUGCCCAAAGGUUGUAUCAAUUCCAGCUCUACCAAUUCUGGAAAAGCUAAUCAUUGUUGGGUGCCCUCAGCUGGAGAGGCGAUGUCGGAGAGGAAGUGGAGAGGAUUGGCACAAGAUUUCCCACGUUCGCAGCAUUUAUAUUUCUUCAAAGUAA